CGACGGGAUUCGUGCUGCAGAGAGGCUGGCUUCGACAUGCAUACAGCCAAUCAGAAUGCCCAGGCACACUGUGAUGCGGGGUGGGUCCACGAACCCAGCGGCUACACAUCCCCAACCCAAAAGACCCCGGCGCAUAAACCCUUUACAACAUGCCGCACCCUCCCGCUGUCUUUCUGUCAUAUUCUCCGCUGAGACGAAAAUUGUGUCGAAUUCAAGGAGUGAAAGACCGCGCCUGAACAACUAACGACGCCUGAGACACGUCCAACUUCUACCUGAGAGUGACCACUACUUGCCGCGUUGCGUAUAUCAAAGUCACAUAGCUGCCCUGGAUUUGAUUUCUUUCGUGGCAACCAGUCAUCGAAUCGCAUUCAUUAAAAGGGAUUGCCUACUCCUUACGGAAUUUCCAACAUAUAUCACUUUCAUUCACCUACAUCCUCUCUCUAUCUCGACUUGGACUCAAACAUCAGUCGCAAUGGGCAAGCUGAUCAAAAACCACUGGGCGCGCCUGGUGAUCCUCACAGCUGCUGCAUAUCAAAUCGCCGCCGCAAUAGAAGCAUUUUUCUGGCCAAAGAUCUUCUGGGACUUCCUAACAAAAAACCUCGACGGCGCCGUCACCGACGCACCAGUUCUGCAAAUUCUCAACGUCAUAUGCGGCAUUGUAGGCCUUGCGUGGGAAUGGCCAUUACCACUCCUUGCAGGCACCGGUCUACACCGCUCCAUCGAGGCCCGCCUUGUAGUGUACCCCUUGAGCGCUCUCGUUGCGCUGUUGAUCUACCAAGGGACGAACGCGGGGCUGUACUACAUCAUUGGCAUGGGGGCAUAUUUCUGGGCGUUUAGUGAAGGCGAGAUCGUAUGUCCUGAGCCAUGGACACUACCGAAGCGUUCGAGCAAUCGGAAACAAGGCGCGUAGCACUUAUUUCCCUUCUGUUUAGAUUUCUUUGUUCUUGGCAUUUCAGCGACGAUCCAUGUAGACGACAUAUACCCAACCAUCGGCCAUUCGAUGGUCAUUUCAUAUUUCACUGUGGCAGACGGAGGCGUUUGAGGAGUAAUGUAAUGACAGGGUGGCGAUUAGAGAUUUCAAAAUGGCAUUUACCAGCAUUGAUUGCAUUAUGUCACCUCAAUCAGUUUUGAUUUAGUAGUAUACUACCAAUCGCAGACUAUACUAGCAAAAUCAGUCCUCACCGAACUGACCCAUAACCA